ACCAUUUAGAGAGGGGGAUGUGACCAGUAUGUGUAUGUGCACGCCUUUACUAAGAAAAAAUUACCACAUAUGACGUGGCAGCUUGUCAUACUCUCCAUAUCUAUUCCUCUUUCCGGGUGCCAACAUCUUAUUGCCUGUUGACUUCGCAUUCUUAAAGGAAAAGCAUAGGAUAACACGCCUACAUUAACGACAUUGGAGAAGUACAUGUCUUUUUUAAACAGAAGCGUUUCCCCUGGGCAACAAUCGAACUCGCCUAUGGCGUCUAAUUAUGAAACAGAACUUCAAGAAAGCCAUCGCGCUGAAGCAGAAGAAAAGGUCACUCUCACCAAAAAGGAAACCACAGCGACAAUAAACAGUCAAGAGCAACUGAAUGGUGUCUCAAAAACGAAUAUGAGCAAUGGUAGUAGUUUGUUGCAAUCCGCUGAAGAGAAAUGCGAUGCCCGCCAAGGUCUGAGAUUGUAUCGCGUGGCUCUGCUGGCUACGUGUUUUAUCUCAGCAGUUUCUCUUGGGCUCAUCUUGCUGAUGUUGUUUGGUGUACUUCACGUUGCUUCACCGCAAUGUACUUGCUCGGGAGAAACAGAAACGUCAGGACUUGAGAAGAAUCUUCAAGAUCUGAAAAAGAACCUCUCGGCUUUGAGAGACUCUUCAGUUUCAAAUUCAAAAAGGAUUUUGGAUUAUUAUGUUGUCAAGGUUUCAAACUCAAAUAGGAUUCUCCAGAAUUAUGUUGCCAAGACUAAAAAGGAGUUGGAAAACAAAGUCUCAAAAGGUUUAGAGAAUCUGGAGAAAAAUGUUACGCAGAUGGAAAAGAAACUGGAAAAUGUGAAAUGCAAUGGACUCAACAGUUCCAAGGGUGAUAUUGGACCUGCCGGACCUGCCGGACCCGCUGGACCUGCUGGACCUCCAGGAUAUAAUGGUACACAGGGCCCUGCAGGACCAUCUGGAUCACCUGGUGCUCAGGGCCUUCGUGGACCAUCCGGGUACAAUGGGACCCGGGGCCCGCCUGGACCCGGGGCCAGUUCCUGUGUUUUUCACACCUCAUCCAGCCCUGGUGGGCCAACAGGCACUUACGCCAGAGAAGAUGUUUCAGUGACGGAGCCAAAUGGUAAAACGUUUAUUGGUGUAAGCUGUGAUACAAAUGACGCAAAAGUUGUUCAAUUAUCAAGCCCCAACCCAGGUGUCUACAAGUGCAGAUGCGAAGGUACCCUAUCAAGUGGAGAACCAAAGAUGUAUUGCUACAUCCACUACUGGGAGUGUCUAUCCUGAGGGGGAAACAUAAAGCCAUUUAUUCAACAAGAGUCUGUAGAGAAGUUGAUUUAGAGUUGAACCAGAAGCGAGGGGGAGAACCAUUUAGGUUUUUAACAUACUGUCAAUUUCCCUUUAUAUCUUUUUUUAAUUGGUGUGUUAACUUUUUUCAAACGUGUCCAGUUGUAGCGAGGGCGCAAUGACGUUUACAUCAAGGCAUAUUUGCAAUCGAUAUUGAAAUCUUAUUUUAGACUUGUCUGGUAGCCGCUCAAGAAUAGAACAUUCAGAACACUAAAAAUAUAUUAAUAUUGUUUUACCCGAAUAAACUUUUCUUAAAAUUUGCGAGAGAAAUAAUUUUUCCAACAUUUCCCGAGACUUAUCGCUAAAUCUUCCACAAACAUAGAAAAAAUGUUCUUCCAAGGAAUUUUCUGUGAGAGGUUUACUACUUAGCAGCGAUAUGCUGUAGCUGCCUCCUUAGUCCUCUUCUCUUAAGUUGAUUCCAAAAUCGGAUGUAUGUAGUUACUAUCUACCUGUAACUAGGAGAAAGAAAUGUUCGUAUACUGAAAUGAAGAAAUAGUAUUUUUAUCAUCGCAUACCAGGAUCAACCUGGGAAGAAAUAUAUAUAGGAAAAAUGCAACUUCUACUUCUGGAUUUCGCUUGUUAUAUAUAUUGCAAAUAAAAGGUACUCGCAAUAUGCGUAA